CCCGACAGUCUGUUCAAGAUGGCCGCCUGAGUGGAGCAGUUCCUCCUCUCCAGUAAAACUAAUCCAGCGGCGAGCUGCCCGAACUGCUUCAGCUGUCUGCUCUGAGGAUGACACGACGACACCGGCUGCUCCUGAUUUAAGUCUUAAGAAGAGCAGAACUGCUUAAGUCAUGGAAUAAAAACAGCGCUGGAAUCGGAGGGCAUAAAGGGCCCUUUGUUGUAGCCCAGCAUGGACAGCUUCUUCAAGGCAGCUGUAUGUGAUCUGGACAAACUGCUUGAUGACUUUGAGCUCAAUACUGAGGAACUUGAAUGCAAACCUGUUUUCCUGAAGCCCUCUUCGUACCCCUUCUCCUCACUGGGCCCUCAGUGUUUACCCUCAGAGGCUUCCUCCGUCCCAGCGAGCCCACCCGACCUGAACUCUCUUCAUUAUGGUUCUGCCACCAGCUGCCCCGAUGGCUCCAGCAGUCACAACCGCAGCGCCGAUGACAGAGAGGUCAAAGGUCAGCCUCUCACCGGAGUCGACCUACUGUCGUCUGUGGACCGCAGGCCAGCGAAAAGCUCCGCCCCUCCUAUGCCGGACAGAGCUCUGAAGCCGGUGUGCGACCUUGUAAACGACACUAGUUCUGCCAUCCUGGUCAGAGCCAACAGCCACGAUGCAUUCAGCGAACUGGAUGUGGCAGAAAAGCAAAUGGAGGAGGAGGAGGCGCUGCUGGUGGACUUUGACAGCCCUGUGGUGACAGAGGAGCAAGGUGGAGUGAGCCACAGUGGUGCUUUUAGAGACAUCCAGGAGGAGCAAGCCUCUGCAGGGAACAAUGUACUGCUGAGUUUGGACUCCCAGGAGCAGAGCGGUGGAUACUCUGCCUCACUCAGUCUGCUGGACGUCAUUCUUCCUGCAGCAGCGGAAAGAGGCUGCGAGCCCACCGAUGAUUCACUAUCACCAACAGCUAGUGAGCCAGCUGAUAGAGAGGAGAGAGAUGAUGAAGGAAUGGAGAACUCUUUAGACCACAGUGAGCCAGAGCCUGUUGAUAGCUCUAAAAUAACCCCAGUGAAGGACGAGGAUGAGCCGCAUGGAACCUCGGAAGUAGAGUCUCCUGCAGGAGCCUCGCUCAGCGAGCCAGUGGGACUGUCAUGCCUGCCCAUAGCUGUUUCUAUGUGUGGAGCUCUAGUGAAUCCAAAGACCACCGAUGAUGAAGUUACAGAGCAGUGUGACGAGGCAGAUGUCUCUGAAAACACAGAGGCAGAUUCCUUGUCAGCCUUGGAAGCCGGGGGAGACAGCUCACAUUUAGAGGAGCCAGCCGUCUCAUCUGUGUGUCAGCUAAUCGCAGAGGACAGACUGUCUCCAGAGGGGCAGCAUGUCUCUCCUGAACCUGCUGUCGCUGUUCCUUCUGCAGACCUUCCCUCUUCAGAACCCAGCCCAGUGGAUCCUCCUGAGUUUGGCUUUGAGUAUCUUCCUGAGAGUGACCAGGCUGAACUGCUGGUUACAGACGAGGAGUUGGAUGCUUUUCUGCAGGCUCACACUGAAGCAGAGCAGAAUGAAGGCGUUUCUUACUGCAGCAGCUCUGGAGAUUUUACCCAACCUGAGUCUCUCUCAGAAUCAGACGGGGCUCUGGAGGACAGGCUGGUGGAGCAGGGGCUGAGGUGCUGUGGUCAAGCAAGGCUAGAGGAGCCUGCUCCUGAAAGUGACAGAACGAUUUGUGUAUCUGUAGAGGGGAGUUUGAAUCCCGGUGCUCCAUCAGUAUCACAAGACUCUUGCCGAGAAGACUCAUCUGGGGUGAGUGAUUCUUUGACCAGCAACACUUUCCAGUCCCAGCACAGCAGUAGCCCAGAUCAGCAGCCCUCCUAUGGAGGGGCGAGACCUAAACAGCUGCACUGCCAAACUGCCAGAUCUCCACCAGCAGGAGAAGAAGGAGAGGAGCAGGUUCAGACACUCAGUGCUUCUACAACAGGAACAGAGGAUGAGGAGAGUUCACCUGUAAGCCCUGGUGUACCAGAGGAACCUGCCAACUUUAGCCCCACAUACACCACUCAGGAGCCUCAGGAGUAUAGUGUGGGGUAUGAUGAACUCUCCGAGCCCCCACCUUAUCCUGGGGAGUCGCCCACAGACGGUGCCAGGGCAGUAAACUGGAAGAGGGAGGGAGUGGAGGAGCUGGGGAGCAGACAGCCAGCUUGGGUGCCAGACUCUGAAGCUCCCAACUGUAUGAACUGCUACCAGAGGUUCACUUUCACCAAGAGGCGGCACCACUGUCGAGCCUGUGGGAAGGUUUACUGUGCUGUGUGCUGCAACAGAAAAUGUAAGCUGAAGUAUCUGGAGAAGGAGGCUCGUGUGUGUGUCAUCUGCUUUGAUACCAUACACAGAGCCCAGGCCCUGGAGCGGAUGAUGAGUCCUACGGGUCCCAGCCCAAACCCCAACGUCCCCUCUGAGUACUGCAGCACCAUCCCCCCUCUGCAGCAGGCUCGAGCCGCCGGCACACUUAACUCUCCGCCGCCGACCGUCAUGGUGCCAGUGUCUGUUCUCAAACACCCAAACAACGACAGUUGUCCUCGUGAACAGAAGCGCGUGUGGUUUGCUGAUGGCAUCUUGCCCAACGGAGAGGUGGCAGACACAACCAGGCUGUCGGUGACGAGCCGCAGGAGCUCCCAGGAGUUCAGCGGUGUCACCGCAGACCAAACACCUGGCUCAGGAGGACCAGAGGCUGGGGUCGGUGGUUCGUCCGCCCCCGAGGCGUCUGGGUCUGUAGAGGUAGUUCGGCCCCCGGUAUCUGGACCCUGGGAUUAUGCGCUGCUCUCUGGAAUAGGUUCUUCGGUGAAGAGGGUUCCCUGUCUGUUGCCAGAUAAUGAGGACGAGCUGCCUCCACUGCUCAUCACCACCGGAGAGGACGACGGAGGAGAUGUUUUGGUUGAGGAAAGCCCUGCUCCAUGCCAGAUUCUGCACUUACUAGAGGAGGGAGGACCUCGGCCUCUGACAUUCGUUCUGAAUGCCAACCUGCUAGUCAACGUCAAACUGGUUACAAGCUCCAGCAGACAGUGCUGGUGCUUUGGCUCUAAUGGACUGCAGGCUCUGGGACAGAAAGAAGUGGUGUUUCUCUUGGAGUGUUUGCCAGAAGAAAAAACUCUGCCCAAAGACCUCUUCACCCUGUAUCUCAGCAUUUACCAAGAUGCCCAAAAAGGGAAGUUUUUGGAGGAGCUGGAUAACGUGACGUUCACAAGCAGUUUCUUGGGCAGUAAGGAUCACGCUGGCAUGCUCUUCUUCUCUCCCACCUGUCAGUCUCUGGAUGGACUCACUCUGCCUCCACAGCCUUUCUUGUUUGGCCUGCUCAUCCAGAAACUGGAGGUUCCCUGGGCCAAAGUCUUUCCACUCAGACUGCUUCUGCGGCUCGGAGCUGAAUACAGCGUGUAUCCCACUGCACUGGUCAGCAUUCGUUUUCGGGACUCUGUGUUUCGAGAGACGGGACACACCAUUAUGAAUUUAUUGGCUGAUCUGAGGAACUACCAGUACAGCCUGUCAGUCGUGGAGGGCCUGAGGAUCCACAUGGAGAUGGGCCACAGCUACAUCGACAUUCCCAAAUGUAGUUUUAAUGAGAUGCAGAAGGUGGUCAAUGCAUCCAAUGAGCACGUCAUCAGCAUCGGAGCAAGUUUCAGCACAGAGGCCGACUCUCACCUGGUGUGUUUUCAGAACGAGGAGGGAAGCUAUCAGACGCAGGCCAACAGCAUGCCUGGAAAGACCCGCACAGUGACUGGGGCCAGUUUUGUGGUGUUCAAUGGAGCACUAAAAGCCUCCUCAGGCUUUAUUGCAAAAUCCAGCAUUGUUGAAGAUGGGUUGAUGGUGCAGAUCCCUCCAGAAACAAUGGAGUCUCUGCGUUCAGCCCUGAGAGAUCAGACGGACUUUCACAUACCCUGCGGCAGGAACGAUGGCGGGGAGCUCAGAGAGAACGUCACUGUCCGCUGGAUCGACUGGAGUUCUCCUGUCAACACGGGUAGAACGAGCGGUGUCGACGGGAGACCUCUGGAUGGAGUCCACAGUGUGAGGAUGCAGCAGGACACUGAGUUCGAGGCUGACGGUCGCUCCAUCAGGUGUACUGAGGUGUUCUACCAGCUGAAGUCUCCUGACUGCAGCCUGGCGUCGGUGCUGUCGUCCUGCAGCGUGUUUCAGAAGGAGAUGGCAUUGGCAACCUGCAGUGCUCUGACUCCUCACCUCGCUGUUCUCGCCUCCAGCGGCAUCAACUCCAUCUCACUUCGCAUCUCCACACAGACUGACAUGGUGGAGUACCAGGCUGGUUCUAGAGGCAGACUGCUACCUCAGCGCUACAUGAACGAGAUGGACAGCGCUCUGAUCCCCGUCAUCCACGGAGGUAGUGCUAGCGUACCACAGACAGCCAUGGACAUGGAGUUUAUCUUCUACAUCACACAUGCCAUCUAAUGAAGACCAUGACACACCCUGAACACGCUGAACACACGCAGUAAGAAGCUGCAGGACGUGCAAACUGACGCAGCAGCUGCUGGACGUGCAGCCAGCUGCAAACGUUCCCCCUCUGAGGCUGGGGAUGUGAACUGAUUCGGUUUUCUGUUGAGGAACCGCUGAGUGUUUCGUGCUCACCAAAGCUGCUUUAAUACAUGAAGCCAAACACUAAACAAGGAAUACGACAACACGACCAAAUGCAACCAAACUGUUCAACCCGAUCUCCUCUGCUUUGCCUUCCAGGCUCCCGGCUGGCCUCUGUCAGCUCGGAGCUCCUCAGUGAAUGUUUCCCACAGACGCUCAAUCGAAAGUCUCAUUUGGAUGUAUUUGUUAUAAUUUACCAUGGGCUUAUUGAAUGAAAUGAGGAAAUUAAAGCACGGGAGCGCAAAGAGGUGAUCAGGUGCUACUCUGUAGCCACUUAACAUCCAUAGCUGGCCCGUUGUAAAAAUGUACACCCCAAGGAUGAAAAGAAAUCUCAGCUCACUUUCUCUGAA